AUGGAAUGGCCGCUGUCACGCGUGCCGUUCACCAACAUCGUUGUGGAGGGAGAGGAUGGUGACGAUGUGAACGUUACGGAGGUACGCCAAGCUGCGGCGGGACGUAUAACGGAUGCGCUGCCCCACGAGAUGGACGCGUUGCGGCAAUCACCACAGCAGCGCCGCGUUCAGUUCACCUCCCUGCCUGCCUCGGAAGUGCAAACCGUGCACGAUGUCGCCCCAAUGUGCCCGGAGCUUGCGGCAUCUGGGGAUAGCAACAGAGGCCAGGCGACUCAUGAACGGCGACUCGCACUCAGCCAUGCUGCCGCCGUAACUGCAGCGGGUUCGAGCACGCACGAUUCCUCCUCGGUGAGCAAGGGCACAGUGUCUCUCAGCCGCACUCUGCUGCUUCGGUCAACCGCAAGGUCGACACGAGCAACAACUGAGACACCAGUUCAGCCCUCACAACCAUCCGUAUCGCUCACUAAGUCCUCGUCGCGGCGGAGAACGCUGAAGGACGGCGCUGAGGCAGAAGGGCGUGUAAAGCGCACAGUAUCAUCUCUAAAGAGGACAGCAAUAGCAAAGCUCGGUGGUGCUACUCGUCAGUCGCGCACAGGUGAAGACCGUACCGACAAGUCGGUCUCAAGACCUAUCCAUGCACGGCCAGCGCGACCGUCCUCAGCAUCAGCGUCCUCGACAGCACCAACGGCGCCGCAGCCCGCUACCUCCGAGCCUCCAUCUCCGCCAUUGCCGUCUGCCUCUCCAGAAGAGAGGGCAGCAGAGGCACACCGACUCACGGUGCAAGCUGCCCGCCCGCCCAGCCUCUCUGUGUGCUUUGACUGGUGGAUGUACUUGUGCUACUACGACACCCACGCACUCUUCACGUCGCAGGCAACUGCCUUCGAGGUGCCACUGCGUCCUAUCGCUGCCGCCAGUGCUAGCGUCUUCUAUGCGGAGCUCACCCGCUGCUUCGCUGCGUGGCGCCGUCAGCACUGGGACUCGCUGGUGGUGCUGCGCGGCGCCGGGCCGGUCGACAGUGGUGCGCGCCGUCGAAGCGCCGCUACUUCGAAGCGCGUAGUACGCGAUCCGGCGCUGCUCGAGUACGCCAACGCGGUGUGGUAUGAGGGGCUGCGGGUGCAGCGGCUGAUGGUGCAACUGCUGCUCUCUGGCAGCCAUGGCAGCUGGUCGUUUGAGGUGGGAUGCUUUGAUGCCGUACUCACCGCACUCGGGGCCCCACCAUCGGCGGAGUCGCCACUGUGCCCCGCAUCCCCGGGGUCUGCCGUCGUCAUACCCCCGUAUCGCGUGACACCCGCCCCUCCUAGCGGCCUGGCGGACACAGCCGCCAACUCACCUGCUACUCUCGUUACGGUGACACACAAUGAUGCCGCAGCAGCACCGCUGCGAACAGAUGGCCUCUCCAUUCACGUUCCCACCGCGGCUAGCACGCUGUCACUUCUUCGCGUGCUGGACAUGGUGUGGAACACGCUCCCCACGUCCAUCCCGUUCCGCAUGCCCGUGUCAGAGAUGGAGGCGCCUGGCUACUACCGCAGCACUCGCGACCCUGUGAGUCUCUGCCAACUGUACGAGGAAGCUUUUUGUGGAAUGACAGCUCCGACGCACCGCGCUUGCGUUCGUCAACACGCCCACAUUACCCGCCGGGUGCUGGAAGUGCUAGCAUAUUCAUCUGGCUGCAGCAGCACCGGGUGCGCUGUGGAGGCGGAGGUGCAGGCACGCUUCUUCAGUUACGCUCACCUGCGCGAACGGCUCACCACAUUGAAGGCCAACUGCGACAACUACAACGGUGCGGGGAGCGAGCUGAGCCAGCAGGCGAGUGCGCUGCUCAGCACCGGCGUCAAGGCGCUGCGGGACGCGCAGGCCGAAGAAGACAACCGGACGACGUGUCAGGCGCGCGGCGUGGAUGUGUUGCCGGUUCGAGAGGAGGCACACGUAAGGGAGGCGCCCCUCUCCGGGCAAGACAAGCUCGCCACACAGCAGCCGUACGCUGUGGGGGCGCUCUUUGUGGAUGAAUUAUCGAGUUUGAUGUUCCCUCCUAGCAAGGCGGAAGUUGUGGUGCCUCCCAACUUGCGACAGCCCCUUACAGUGGGCGAGCGGACUGCCGACGACAGCAGCGCUAAUGGCCAAAGGGAGGGCAGCCGACACAGUCGCCUGCUACGCCUCCCUGCAACUGGCCUCAGUGAGAUUGCACUCCGCGCGUCACCCCCUACCCCCACCCGUGCGUCAAAAGUCUUCUGGGUACAGUGCGAUGACUGUCGCGCAUGGCACAAGCUGGCAAAACGCCUCGACUCGGUGCCCGACACGUGGACGUGCGCCUGCCUGGGGAUCGUCUGCUCACCUGCCAAGGCGAAGAAGCGCACCAAAGAAGCGACGAAGCCGACAAAGACAUCUGCGGGGCGACGUUGUAGAACUAGAGGAGGUCAGGACCUCGACAGCACUGGCGGAGCUUCAAACACCGCCUCGGCGGCACCACACAAUGCCGGUGGGCAGAGUAACGACAAUGGCGGUGUUGAUGACGGUGACGUACCGCUCGUAGAUGUGUUCCCUGUGGCGGCGAGAGCGGCUGCGGUCGCUACCGCCGCAAAGGCGCCAAAGCGCGGGAGGUCAAUCUCACGGAAGCUGCACACCGCUCGUCUGGGGCCGAAGAAAGCGCGCGUGGCGCUGUCCACGCCGCCAUCCUCAUCAUCAUCACCGCCAUCAUCCUCAUCCCCAUCGUCCACGUCGUCAGGAAGCUCCUCCGACAACGACUCAAGGAGUAGCAGCAGGAGUGAUAGCAGUGACUUUGAGUCCGACUCCGACUCGGGCCUCAGCAGCGGCGCGAAAAGCAAAGCAGCCCCCGUGCAGCGCAUUCCGCCAGCACCCCGGCAAACAAAGUGGUCUACCGUCGCAACCCACAAGCUUCCACGGAACGCUGCCGCUGCAGUGACUGCGAAGGUCGCUGGAGCCGGCGCUGCUCGUCCGACAGACACGGCGCUGCAGCGGCUGGUGCAGGAAGUGGCGGAGCUGGAGGGACGACCGCUACAGGAUCGCCCAUUCGAUCAGCUGGUGGAAAUCAAAAGACUGGAGAAGCGACUCAGCGCCAUGGACUGA